UGCCGAGCUGGCGCGGGCGCGCGGCCCGUCACGUGUGCGUGCGGCGGCAGUGAUUGGUCAGGUCUGGCUCCGACAUGGCGGCGGGCGCGGUGUCCAAUCCGUCCCAGCUCCUGCCGCUCGAGCUGGUGGACAAGUGCAUAGGAUCACGUAUUCACAUCGUGAUGAAGAGUGACAAAGAGAUCGUCGGGACUCUUCUGGGAUUCGAUGACUUCGUCAAUAUGGUGUUGGAAGAUGUUACAGAAUUUGAGAUUACGCCUGAGGGCAGAAGAAUCACAAAGCUAGACCAGAUUCUGCUCAAUGGAAAUAACAUAACAAUGCUGGUUCCUGGAGGAGAAGGACCUGAAGUAUAAAGUGAUGCAGUUGUCAUCUGUGAAGACAUGUUAUUCAUACAUAUUUUAUAUAUAUGGGUGUAAAAUCUAAAUAGAGAUUUUUGGAUAGAGGUGUGUUUUGGUGUGGAUUGUCUGCUUGCUGUGUUUAUACACUUGACAUUUUACAAAAGACAAGGAUUUUGUUGGGAAAGGUGCUGAUGGCAAUGUUGACUUUGUAAGUUGAAAUCAUGACUUUCUUGUAAAGACACACAAACCUGUUUUGAAUAAAAGGCUUUCUUUUUAUUAGUUACUGCGUUCUGUUAUGUAAGUGCACAAGUUGGAUAAUUUCGUAACUAGUUGAUGGAAUAGCAAAAUUACUGUUAGAUCUCAGUUGCCAUCAGUCUUCAGUUUUUUUACAGCUAUCACCUUUGUUUCUGGCCCAAGUCUAUAUAAUACACAAGUCAUGAGCGAGGAGUUGCUGGUCUUUGGCACAUAGGCAGACCCUGAGCUAGAUGUUUUGUUUAAAGGCUGCUUUGGGCUGUAUCACUGAAAACCAUGUGGCAGGUGCUGUAGAGUUCUGAAAGCCCUUCAAACUGGGUGCAUCCAUUUGAUGCUCACCAGCUGGCCUUGGGGUUCAGGUCUCUUGGACUUCUUUUGGUUGGUGGAUAUACUUCCCUAUAGGAAAGGCACUGUAAUGGCAGUUGGCAAGCAAGAACAGACAGACCAGACCUGGUGGAUGUUCAUGACGUAAAAAAGGCUAAAUCUUCUCAUUGAUGUCAGUGGUGACUCUGCUUUCACCACUCAGUGAUGCUGUGUACACUCAAAUGGGGAGCUGCCUGUGCCUGCUUGCAUAGUUCAGAGCACUCAUUUUAAGGUAAAUGUGUUUUUUUGGCUGCAUCUGUUCUCCUUUGAGGUAAAAACUUGACAGAUAUUGCAAGCUACUGUUACAGGACAAUUUAUGUAAAGUAAGGAACUGCUGUUUUGUUACAAUGCCAUGCUACCACUGCAGUUUAUUCUUCCAUAGUACACCUCUCAACUGGCUUCCAUGUGUAAAUGUCUUUGAAAAAUAGUCACAGGUACCUGCUCUUACUGCAGACAAGGAGGGGCACAGCGUGGGCUCACACAGACAGGAUGUACUUUGCCUUCCCAAUACCAGAAGGAAAAAAGAGUUGAAGAAGGGGGCUCGAGAGCAAGAGACAGCAAGAAAGCUGCUGUAGAUCUUUCUGCCUUGCUUCAGCUGACAGAAACACUACCUUUUGCUAACUGGGCCUGAGCCUCUUGCUGUAGCCUGUUAAGGGGGGAGAGGGAGUCCCUCCCCUAUCCCAGGGAGUGUAUGACUUCUGACUCAAGUAUUCUGAAUAAAUGAUUUGCAAUUGCAA